ACAUAUAAAACUGGUUUAGUCGUGUGUAGGCGUCUACCGAAGGACUGUAGACCACAGACGUUGUUCUAAAAUUGAAAAAGUAAAUAAACUUAUUUUAGUUUGUGAAAUUGGCUGGAACUAUUGGGAUUUUUUUAAUGAAUUGAUAUUAUUAAUUAAAUAAGAAAAUGGAAAAGUUAAACUUAAUCUUAUUUAGUUUACUUCUAAGUUCGUGUUUGUGUGAUGGAUAUCGGAUCUUGGCAGUGUUUCCGACGCCAAGUGUUAGCCACGGUAUUCUUGCAGACAAUUUUGUGAAAACCCUUCUCAAUGCAGGACACGAAGUGGUGUACAUAUCGCCACAUAAAAAUGUAAAUCAUCCGAAACUGGAGAUCAUAGAUGUCUCUCAAAACGUCGAAUUAUUUUCCGAUAAUAUCGACGUUAAAGAAGUCAUGAAUGGAAGUCUGGAUCUACUAGACACAAAAGUUUUGUUCGAGAUAAUCACGACCAUAACGGAUGUGACGCUGGCUAACCCUAAUGUCCAGAAUCUAUUGAGAGACCCAAACCAAAAGUUCGAUGUCAUUGUAGCCGAAUAUUUCUUCAAUAAUAUUUAUUCUGCGUUGUCAGCAGUCUACGACGCCCCGUUCAUCUGGUUCCUCACCAUAGUGCCUCACACCUUGAUCCUCGACCAGAUCCAUGGGCCGAUGAACCCAGCAUACAGCAGUGACUACAUAGAAGCGAGGAUCGCUCCGUACUCUUUUGUGGAAAGAGUUCGUGGACUGUAUUUCACGUUGAGCUUGCUGUACAAUCUACACGUCUCCUUCCCACCGGUAGAAGAAGCCAUAUACCACAAACAUAUACCUACGAUCUUAAAAUCAUUAGGGAAGCCAAUUGCUGAUUACAAGGUCCUUACAUACAACGUGUCCAUGGUUCUGGGUAACUCUCAAGUGGCUAUAGAAAGUGCAGUACCUUUGCCCCCGAACUUCAAACAUAUUGGCGGAUAUCAUAUUGAUGAUGACGUUAAACCAUUGCCUGAGAACUUGAAGAAAAUAUUCGACAAUGCCAAGAACGGUGUUGUAUUCUUCAGUUUGGGAUCAAAUUUAAGGAGUAAGGACUUACCUGAAGACAUGAAACAGGGUAUUUUGAAAGUCCUAGGAGGACUGAAACAGACUGUCAUUUGGAAAUUCGAAGAAAGCUUACCUAAUACACCUAAAAAUGUUCACAUAGUGCAGUGGGCACCGCAGCAAAGUAUUUUGGCUCAACCAAAAUUGGUCCUCUUCGUCACACACGGUGGUUUAUUGUCCACCACCGAAGCUGUCCAUUUUGGAGUGCCUCUGGUAGUCAUUCCAGUGUUUGGAGACCAGUUUAUGAACGCACACUUGGUUGAAAAGAAGGGCAUCGCUGUUCAAGUCAAAUUGUCGUAUACAAUGUAUAACGAAUUGAAGGUUGCUAUGGAUACAGUUCUAGGUGAUACAAAGUACGCUACAAACGCAAAGGCUUUGUCAGCAGCUUUCCACGACCUGGAAAUGAAGCCGAAAGUCGCUUUGAACUUCUGGGUGGAGCACGUGGUGCGCACGCGCGGCGCUCCUCACUUGCGCUCCGUCGCGGUCGACAUACCACUCUACCAACGAUUGUACCUAGAUCUCUUAGCUUUGAUCCUUUUUACUCCUGUUGUUCUGUUGCUAGUACUUAGAAGGUUUUGCUGUAAGAAUAGUGAUAGUCAGAAAGUCAAAAGAAGUUAAAUUAUUUUUAGUGAUUUUAAGUAGGACUAGUAUUUAUUAUUUUUUGUAUAUAUUGGGAGAGUAAUUUUUAGUAAAAUUGUAUAUGUGAGAUUACAACUUGAUUAGGUAAAAAUCACAAAAAUGCAUCGGUAUGUCAUUAAUAAUCACAAUUAUUAUUGUUAAACAAUCAUCAUGACGAGUGCAGAUAAGUUGAGCAGUGAUGUUUUUCAUAAGGUUUUCCAUUUCUCAGUGAAACAGGAAGGCAUCAUAUUAUUUGUUUUUGUCACAUGACAUAAUUAUCAAUCUUUAUCUUUAUCUAAUACGUACUGGGAAAUUAUAUUCUAAAAUUAUAGUUACAAUUUAUAUCUAUAUAAACUACCUUUAUCUAGGAGUGACAAUUUGUUUUUUCUAUUUCUAUUAUCCUCAUAAGUUUACGUUGUAAAUAGGACUUAGAAAUAAUUUGUAUAUGUCACCGUAAGUUUACAAACAUCGUUAGAUUACAAUCUAUCUCGAGAGAUUGUAAACUGUCGAAUUAUUGUGAACCGUAACAUCUGAUUGCAAUUUAACGCAUUAUUUUUCGCUAUAUUAUAAUCUAUCGAUGAGAAAUUGUCAAAUUGUCAACUGUCCGAAAGCUCUCCCUGAUUGGUCAGUCUUUUUGUAAGAUCGACCAAUCACGACCAGCCGUUCUGUUGCCAUGGAGUUACCGUAGAGUUAGGAAUGAAUUUGUGUUUGAAGACAAACUACCUAAUUGUUUUGUUUUUUUUUUUAAAUAAAAGUUUCUUAUAAUUUUCCAAUUUCAUUUAAAUAAAACUACUUUUACGGAUUUUAUCGCGGUCGGUUUUAAACGUCGGGAUUAAAUAAUAUAAUAUAACCGCGAUAAAAUCCGUAAAAGUAGUUUUAUUUAAAUGUCUAAUAUUCGCGUAAGUGUCAGAAAUCAAUAUGUUUCCAAUUUCGAUUUGUGUUUGAAGAAUAAAUAUUUCGUUACAAUUUGUUCUCUCCAUAUGUCAGGAAUAUUAAUUACAUGCUCGUACUAAAUAAUAAAUACUUGAAGAAUUUUUGAAGAGCAUUUAUUUUAUUUAACUGACACCUCUAUUUCAUUCCUAACUCUACGGGAACUCCAUGGGAACAGAACGGAUUAUUGGUCGAUCUUACAAAAAGACUGACCAAUCAGGGAGAGCUUUCGGACAGUUGACAAUUUGACAAUUUCUCAUCGAUAGAUUAUAAUAUAGCGAAAAAUAAUGCGUUAAAUUGCAAUCAGAUGUUACGGUUCACAAUAAUUCGACAGUUUACAAUCUCUCGAGAUAGAUUGUAAUCUAACGAUGUUUGUAAUCUUACGGUGACAUAUACAUCAUCAUAUUCCUUACUUAUUUGGCUUCUAUCUUCCAUUUAUUAGUUCUCGAGUUAUUAUUAUUAAUUUAAUAAGGGUUUUUCUAUAAUUUUGUAAAUAGUUCUUUUAUUUUGUGUAAAUAGUGAAUGCUGAAUAAAUACAUUUGGGAAGUAAAUAA